GUGGCGGCGGCGGGAGCGGGCGGCGCGACGGCCAGGAUCAAGGCGGAGACGCGUGCGAAGGCCGUCUCGACCCAGAGGACCUUGCCGCCCCGGUCCGACCGCCGGCCACAGGCUCCUGUCCGGUAGCAGCGGCUGCGGGGCACCCCCCUAUCCCUCCGCCUCCCCUGCCUCCCCCACCUCCUGCAGCCUUCUUCCUCUCCGCUCCGCGCCCGGCCCGGCCCUACCGUGGCCCUCCUCCGUGCACGCCGCCAUGGCAGAGGCAGUCGGCGCGAGGGAAAUCUAGCCCGGGGAUUUCAUGCGGCCUAGCUUGGUUCCGUCUUCUGCCCCCGCAGCCCCGGCGGCUGCCUGCACCCCAGCCCCGCUCCGGGCCUCCGUGUCUCUCCUGUGAUCGUACUGACACGGCCGGGGGGUUAGAAUGGAACAAACUGAAGAGAGAGAUGAAGGGAGAGGGGAAGGGAGAGAAACACUGAUGUGAGAGAAGAGCAUCAGUUGGUUGCCUUCCUUGCAUACCCGGACCUGGGAUCCUAGUGAUCCUAGAGCCUGAACCCAGAAAGAGGAUUGGGGAUUAAACCCACAACCUAGGCCCGAUGAGAGAAAGGGAAAGUUAAGGAUGCUGGAGCAGAACAAUGGAUUUCUCUUUCUCUUUCAUGCAAGGGAUCAUGGGAAACACAAUUCAGCAACCACCUCAACUCAUUGACUCCGCCAACAUCCGCCAGGAGGAUGCCUUUGAUAACAACAGUGACAUUGUUGAAGAUGGUGGCCAUACACCAUAUGAAGCUACCUUGCAGCAAGGCUUUCAGUACGCACCUACAACAGAAGAUCUUCCUCCACUCACAAAUGGCUAUCCACCAUCAAUCAGCAUGUAUGAAACUCAAACCAAAUACCCAUCUUAUAAUCAGUAUCCCAAUGGAUCGGCCAAUGGUUAUGGUGCAGUUAGAAACUUUAGCCCCCCUGACUAUUACCAUUCAGAAAUUUCAAACACAAGACCACAUGAAAUUCUGGAAAAACCUUCUCCUCCACAGCUACCACCUCCUCCUUCGGUACCACAGACUGUGAUUCCAAAGAAGACUGGCUCACCUGAAAUUAAACUAAAAAUAACCAAAACUAUCCAGAAUGGCAGGGAAUUGUUUGAGUCUUCCCUUUGUGGAGACCUUUUAAAUGAAGUACAGGCGAGUGAGCACACAAAGUCAAAGCAUGAAAGCAGAAAAGAAAAGAGGAAAAAAAGCAACAAGCAUGACUCAUCUAGAUCUGAAGAGCGCAAGUCACACAAAAUCCCCAAAUUAGAACCAGAGGAACAAAGUAGACCAAAUGAGAGGGUUGACCCUGUUUCCGAAAAGCCAAGAGAAGAUCCAGCACUAAAAGAGGAAACCCUGGUUCAGCCGAUACUACCUUCUGUUCCAACCACGGAAGUGUCUGCUGGUGUUAAGUUCCAGGUUGGCGAUCUUGUUUGGUCUAAGGUGGGAACCUAUCCUUGGUGGCCUUGUAUGGUUUCAAGUGAUCCACAGCUCGAGGUUCAUACCAAAAUUAACACAAGAGGUGCCCGGGAAUAUCACGUCCAAUUUUUUAGCAACCAACCAGAGAGGGCAUGGGUUCAUGAAAAACGGGUACGAGAGUAUAGAGGUCAUAAACAGUAUGAAGAAUUACUGGCUGAGGCAACCAAACAAGCCAGCAAUCACUCUGAGAAACAAAAGAUUCGGAAACCCCGACCACAGAGAGAACGCGCUCAGUGGGAUAUUGGCAUUGCCCAUGCAGAGAAAGCGUUGAAAAUGACCCGAGAGGAGAGAAUAGAACAGUAUACUUUUAUCUAUAUUGAUAAACAGCCUGAGGAGGCUUUGUCGCAAGCAAAAAAGAACGUUGCCUCCAAAGCUGAAGUUAAAAAAACCCGGAGACCAAGAUCAGUGCUGAAUACUCAGCCAGAACAGACCAAUGCGAGUGAGGUGGCCUCCUCACUUUCAAGUACUGAGAUUCGGAGACAGAGCCAGAGGCGGCACACGAGUGUGGAAGAGGAAGAACCACCUCCUGUUAAAAUAGCCUGGAAAACAGCAGCAGCAAGGAAGUCUUUACCAGCUUCUAUUACAAUGCACAAAGGGAGCUUGGAUUUGCAGAAGUGUAACAUGUCUCCAGUGGUGAAAAUAGAACAAGUGUUUGCUCUUCAGAAUGCUACAGGAGAUGGGAAAUUUAUCGAUCAAUUUGUUUAUUCAACGAAGGGAAUUGGUAACAAAACGGAAAUAAGUGUCAGGGGACAAGACAGACUUAUAAUUUCUACACCAAACCAGAGAAAUGAAAAGGCAACUCAGAAUGUAUCAUCUCCUGAAGCAACAUCUGGCUCUGCAGGCAAGACCCUCCACCAGCAAAAAGAUUACAACUCACUUUAUUGCGGUGCUCUGGAACUGAACCCGCAAUACCUCCAAGGCUCAGCAGAAAAGAAGCAACAGAGAAGAUCAAUUAGAACUCGUUCUGAAUCAGAGAAACCCACUGAAGUUGUGCCAAAGAAGAAGAUCAAAAAGGAGCAGGUUGAAGCAGUUCCUCAGGCUACAGUGAAGACUGGAUUACAGAAAGGUGCCAGCGAGAUUUCAGAUUCCUGUAAACCUCUAAAGAAAAGGAGUCGCGCCUCCACGGAUGUAGAAAUGACUAGUUCAGCAUACAGAGAUACAUCCGACUCCGAUUCUAGAGGCCUGAGUGACGUGCAGGUAGGCUUUGGAAAGCAAGUAGAUAGCCCUUCAGCGGCUGCAGAUGUAGAUGCUUCUGAUGUGCAGUCCAUGGACUCCAGUUUGUCAAGAAGAGGCUUUGGGACGAAUAAGAAGGACACUGUGUGUCAGAUCUGUGAAAGCUCUGGUGACUCUCUGAUUCCUUGUGAGGGAGAGUGCUACAAAUACUUCCACCUGGAGUGCCUGGGAUCGCCAUCGCUCCCUGAUGGAAAAUUCGUCUGCAUGGAAUGUAAAACCGGUCAGCACCCGUGUUUCUCAUGUAAGGUGUCUGGUACAGAGGUGAAGCGUUGCUCUGUUGGUGCUUGUGGGAAAUUUUAUCACGAGGCCUGUGUCCGCAAAUUCCCCACUGCCAUCUUUGAGCCAAAAGGAUUCCGCUGUCCCCAGCACUGCUGCUCUGCCUGCUCAAUGGAGAAAGACAUCCACAAAGCAAGUAAAGGUCGCAUGAUGCGAUGUUUGAGAUGUCCAGUAGCCUAUCACUCAGGAGAUGCUUGCAUUGCUGCCGGAAGCAUAUUUGUGUCCUCCUACAUUCUCAUCUGUAGUAAUCAUUCCAAACGCAGCAGUAAUUCAUCCUCUGCUGUAAAUGUAGGCUUUUGUUUCGUUUGUGCAAGAGGGCUGAUAGUUCAGGACCAUUCAGACCCCAUGUUCAGUUCCUAUGCCUAUAAGUCCCACUACCUACUGAAUGAAUCAAAUCGUGCAGAGUUGAUGAAAUUACCUAUGAUUCCUUCUUCGUCAGCUUCCAAAAAGAAAUGUGAGAAAGUUAUUAAGACUGUUUAUUUGUUUCAAGGUGGAAGAUUGCUCUGCUGUGAAUCGUGCCCAGCUUCCUUCCACCCGGAAUGCCUGAGCAUAGACAUGCCAGAAGGCUGCUGGAAUUGUAAUGACUGUAAAGCUGGCAAGAAACUACAUUACAAGCAGAUUGUUUGGGUCAAAUUGGGAAAUUACAGGUGGUGGCCAGCAGAGAUCUGCAACCCCAGGUCUGUGCCCCUGAACAUCCAGGGCCUGAAGCAUGACUUGGGGGACUUCCCUGUGUUCUUCUUUGGUUCUCACGACUACUACUGGGUGCACCAGGGCAGAGUGUUCCCUUACGUCGAAGGAGACAGAAGCUUUGCCGACGGGCAGACUAGUAUCAACAAGACCUUCAAAAAAGCUCUGGAAGAAGCUGCAAAGCGUUUCCAGGAAUUGAAAGCACAAAGAGAAAGUAAAGAAGCAAUAGAGGUUGAAAAAAACUCCAGAAAACCUCCUCCUUACAAACACAUCAAAGCCAACAAAGUGAUCGGGAAGGUGCAGAUCCAGGUCGCGGACCUGUCGGAGAUCCCCCGCUGCAACUGCAAGCCAGCUGACGAGAACCCCUGCGGCUUGGACUCCGAGUGCCUGAACCGCAUGUUGCAGUACGAGUGUCACCCGCAGGUGUGCCCGGCCGGGGACCGCUGCCAGAACCAGUGCUUUACAAAGAGGCUCUACCCUGAUGCGGAAAUCAUCAAAACAGAGCGGAGAGGCUGGGGCCUCAGGACCAAACGGAGCAUUAAGAAGGGUGAAUUUGUAAAUGAAUACGUUGGCGAAUUAAUUGAUGAAGAAGAAUGCAGAUUGCGAAUCAAGCGAGCCCACGAGAAUAGUGUGACUAACUUUUAUAUGUUAACUGUUACCAAGGACCGUAUAAUUGACGCUGGCCCAAAAGGAAAUUACUCUCGCUUUAUGAACCACAGUUGCAACCCAAACUGUGAAACGCAGAAAUGGACAGUAAAUGGAGAUGUUCGAGUUGGACUGUUUGCUCUGUGUGAUAUCCCCGCAGGGAUGGAGUUAACUUUUAAUUACAACCUGGAUUGUCUGGGCAAUGGCAGGACGGAGUGCCACUGUGGCGCAGAGAACUGCAGCGGUUUUCUUGGAGUGCGGCCAAAGUCGGCGUGUGUGUCAACACCCGAAGAAAGGGCGAAAAAUGCUAAGCUGAAGCAGAAGAGACGGAAAAUCAAAACAGAACCAAAGCAGAUGCAUGAAGAUUACUGUUUUCAGUGUGGAGAUGGCGGAGAGCUGGUCAUGUGUGACAAGAAGGACUGUCCCAAAGCAUACCACCUCCUAUGCCUUAACCUGACUCAGCCACCAUAUGGAAAGUGGGAAUGCCCGUGGCAUCAGUGCAAUGAGUGCAGCAGCGCAGCGGUUUUCUUCUGCGAGUUCUGCCCACAUUCCUUCUGUAAAGAGCACGGAAAGGGAGCUCUGGUUCCCUCCGCACUGGAAGGCCUUCUCUGCUGCUCUGAACAUGACCCCGAGUCUCCCGUGUCACCAGAAUACUGGAGCAAGAUCAAAUGUAAAUUGGAAUCACAAGAUCACGGAGAAGAAGUAAAGGAAUAAAUGGGUGGUGAUUUCCUUUUAUUCUUUUUAUUUAAACGGGGGGAAAAAAGCAAAAAAUAAGUGGACGAUGCGUUCACAAGAGGUGAGACCACGGCAGUGCACGCAGCCUUCGCCAUCAGUACUGCCUUACUCAGUGAGAAUGGAGCCUGCGCCCGCAGGGGGAAGCAGUAGGGGGUGUCUGGUUUUUCUGUCUGUUCUGUCGGUUUGAGGAUUCUGUCGUGGGGCAGGGUUGAUUCCCUUGGUCCUUUCCUGCCUUUUGUUGUGCUUCAAUGUCUUGCAGCCAGAAACGGAAAUGUCUUUGCUUUUAAAAUAAGAGCAAGAAGAAAAGAAAGUUUGUUAAUGAGAUAAGUAUAGUCUAUGAUGCGUUCCUUGGGUGUUAAAAGCAAAAGUCACCAUCAUUCCUUUAUUUAUUUUCAUUUAAAAAAUUUUGAGAAGUGUAGUUCAGAUCGUCUGCUGUGUGUGUGUGUGUGUGUGUGUGUGUGUGUGGAGUAGGAAUUGGAGAAAGCCCUCUAGCAACGGAUAUGAUGAUCUUUAUAUACCUCUGUACUGACUAGUGGGUAGGCUGACUUCUCUUUCCCUUCCAAAUGUGUCUCGUAGUCUUAGAGAAGCGUUCCAUGGAAGUAUCGAAUCUGGCCUCUUGCAAACACAAUGUCUCAGUGGAUCUUACCUCUGUGGUCUUUAAACCAGGUGGGCUUUGUGAUAUGAUAAGUUUACAUAGAAAGAUAUAUAAUGUGGUUUUUGGUUUUGUUUUGGAGGAAAAAAGAGAAAUGGAGGUACUUACUGAGUUGGGAAUGCUUUCCAUUCACAGUGGGUAUUUUUGAUGAAGUGUGUUUAUGUGGACAGGAAUGCAUAGUGUUAGAAUGGUCGUUCCUGUUUCUUGACACAUUGAUAAAGGCAGCUAAAGGAAGAGGAAUGGCACAGACCAAAAAAGUUGGAUCAUAUAAGCACCAUUUUCUGUCACACCCUGGUCUGACUUGGAAAGAAUUGAGGACAUUUUACUUUCUGUCCCUUCCUUCUCCUAAUCAAACAUUCCCUGUGUCAGCUGACCCCUCAGUCUUGUUUCCUGGUGAAACUCACAAAUGAAUUUGAAUUGUAUUUGACUAACUCUUUUUGGGUUAGUUCCUAAUGGGGGCGGGGGCGGAGCAUCUCAAAGUUGUAUGUCAACAAUUUCUGUUUAGUGCUAUCCAGUACGUAAAAUCGCCCCCGUCGAAGGAGGGAGGGAAGCACUUCUUCUACAGGGUAUGUAAGAGCCACCCAAACACACUUCAUCUUUGGAGGCACUUAGGGAAAGCUCCCAAGAAAGCAGUGUUAGCGAAAACGGUUGGCUGUGUUGCUUGGAUCUCAUAAUGCGAGUCAACCGAGAUGUCUGCCCACAAAACUCACUUGCUUUUAAUGCUUAGGAAUAUGUGUGUUCCGGUAUUCCUUGUAUGAACUAAUUAGUAAUGUCAGACAUUGUUGUAACACUGUACUAAGUAGACGUCUAGAAUUAGCUUGAAUGAACGUUAACUUGCUCUGUGAAUUUUGACGGCCUACAAUCGCUGGUAGCAUUUAUUUUCCCUCAAGGAGUACCUAGUGACCUUGCGGAGGUGGGGAGGGUGGGUGCUCUGCCACAUCCUUCGGGUGCGCUCUUGCGCUCGGUGUGUUCCUUUCUCCUAUCAAUCUAGAGCUCUUCUCUGGUAAACAAGAAGAAAAGCUGUUUUGUGCCUCUUUUUUUUUUGUAUGUAAAUGUGCAAUUAUACUGGAUUUUGUCUUGUAAAAAAAACGAAACAAAACAAAAAACACUACAUUUCCUUUACUUGAGCUCCUAAACUGCCAUUUGCCUGAUUCUGGCAAUUAAUUCUGAGGUAACUUAUUGGGCCUCCAAUAAUUCUAUUGAUUAAAUAUGGUCCCAAAAGAAAGAGCAAAAUGGAAAAUGCUAUACAUGUUACCAACUAUAAUUGCUACAGGUAACAUGAAUUAUAUCUCACCAAAACACUAAACUUUGCUCUUGAACAAUUAUAUAGUUUGAUGUCCUUUUAAAAAAUAAUUUAAGAAAAUCUAGGUUUUAUCAUACUAAAACUUUAUUUUAUAUAUGUAUAUGAUAAAUGUUUGCUUUUUAAAACUUACUAACAUGAAGGAUUUCCUUUAAUAUUCGAAAUGCAACUCUUGUUGAAACAGUAUCCAACAUGAAAUCUUAUCUCCUUAGUGCUGUUUAAUAUCUGAGACUUUUAUAUGGUAAGCCAGGGUAUAUCCUAUAUACUACAAAUACCUUAGGUUUAAGUAUUUUUAUGCAGUUUCUUCAUUGUGUCACAUUUUGUUUGUAUAUCUAUAAAAGAGCUCUGCUGAGACUUCUUAAUCUUGGGGGGCGGGAGGGUGUGAUGACUCCUAGAACUGUUCUGCCAUGUCAGAAACCAGGGUAGGAAAUGAAAUAGCGACCCCAGCUCUGGCGUCUUUGCCCACGAGUGUUCUUUAGCCGUCUGCACAGCAGUGUCGGCCGUGCCAGUGCCAUGGGGCUCUUCUCACACCUCCAUUGGGUCACUGUCGACCUAUUUAUUAUAUUGCAAAGUUGCAGGUCCUAGAAGCAAAAAAA